CGGAGCGCGCUCGCACCGCGUGCCCGAGUCAUUCACGAUCGCGACUCCGCGCCGACAUAACAUGUAAUCGGUCUCCUAUUCAUAUUAUCACUUCAAAUUUUCUUCGCAAUUUUAUAAGGACUUUGAUAAGAAGUUGUUGACCAACAAUAAACUUUAAAAACAAGUUAGUGCAAAUAAAUGCAUUUUGCGGUGAACCUAGAGUGAAAUGGCCCUGUCGCUGCAGUCGACGCAGAAUUCAAGAGGUGUGUCAGUGAGACCGCUAUCGACGAUGCGUCAAGAGUCUUUACCGAUGUUGGCGGAGAGGUUGCUGGCGACGCGCGCCGCGGCACUAGUCGCGGGGCUCCCAGCCGAGCUGUACUCUGGCGCACUGCUGGCCGCCUGGCCACCCUCGCCUCCCGCGCCGCUACUACCUCCCCAAGACAUGGAGCGCGCACGCAAGCGACGUCGCACGCCCAAGCUGGAGGAGACCACUACCGCACCACCUUCCCCGCCGUCUUCAGGCUCAUCACCCGGAGCUGCUGACCCACCUCGGGAUAAGCUGUUCACCUGUAAGGUGUGCUCACGUUCUUUUGGCUACAAGCACGUCCUACAAAAUCAUGAACGCACACACACUGGUGAGAAGCCGUUCGAGUGUGGAGAAUGCCACAAGCGUUUUACGCGCGACCAUCACCUUAAGACACAUCUGCGCCUUCACACGGGUGAGAAGCCAUACAGCUGCCCGCACUGCCCACGUCAUUUUGUGCAGGUUGCAAACUUACGGCGACAUCUUCGCGUUCACACUGGCGAGCGACCUUAUGCGUGUGCUCGUUGUCCAGCUCGAUUUUCAGACUCUAAUCAACUAAAAGCCCAUGCAUUAGUUCAUGAAGGCGAUGCUCCUUUCGCGUGUCGAUGUGGGGCGCGCUUCAGGCGUCGGCAAGCAGCCGCUCUGCACAGAUGUGCCAGCAGUGGUUAUGAGCCUGACACGCCGAGUCCGCCCGUGGCGACAGCGCCCGACUGGCGUUGGGACGAGUGGCCCGAGCAAACCGAGCCCGAAGACCUGUCUCUGCCGCGAAGGCCGGCCACGCCGGACUCCCCCACCGACCUGCGCGUCCACUCCGCGUAGUGGGCACGCGCCCCCGCGCCACGUGCGCCGCUGAGCCGGUAUACGAGUUCCUCCCGCGUAGACCCCGCGCUGCCGUCGGCCGUCGACGCCGAUGUUCUCGCACUCAUUUGUUCAGGAUGCUCGCUCUUGAUCCCUUGAUUCCUUACAAAUUCCUUGCGAAGUAAAAAUAAUAAUUAUUGCAGUUAAAAAUAACGUUACAGUUAUACUUUUUAUAGAACAUUUUUUGCUUUUCUCAGUAAGACUACCGACGUAGUCUCGUUAGGUAGUCCUCUAUUCUUUUUUACGAUUUAACAUUUGCAAUGGUCGCCAUAAAAAGUACGUUUUUCAUCCAUGUUACAGUUUAGAAGUUUAUUGUUGUAGUAUUUUGCAUAAUCGCAAGGCGAGGUGAGGUAAAAACGACGACUUUUUGUUCUUUUGUGUUGCAAUAUAUUGCACAAAAGAUAUUUUUUGAUUUAUAGGUAUCGCCAAUUGUUUCGUGAUAAAAACAAAAAAAAAUGUUUCGCUAUGUUUGACACUAUUGAUUUUCAAUCGGUGUCCUCCCUCGCGCUUAACGAACGGAAACUGGAAUAUGGUCUAGCCGGAGAAGGUCGCGACAUUGCCUCAUUAUUUCGGCGACAAAGGCUACUUCACAAGCGGUAAUUAUUGCGUAUUGAGCUCGAUAUCGAGUUCCGACUGACAAAGCUAUUGCUAUUGUACGCGUCCCGAUUCGUAGCGACUCAUGAUAACCGGUUCGUAAUCACUCUUUUCAUUAUUUUAUUUCUUAAGUUUUCUUUCAAAAGCUUUUUAAAAGUUUACUCGCUGUGGAUACUUCUUUUCUCUUUUUGGCGCAAUACCAAAUAAUACUGGUUUGGAAAUCAUGAUACGGGAUAAUUGUAUAGAAUCAUGGGGUUUUGUAAUUAUAAUAAUAUGAUUAAGAGCGGGUAUCUGAGCGUCCUGAGAGCGGGCUCGGAGGUCCAGCCGACCGCGCGCACCGUGCUUCUGUACAUAAUGCUGUCUCUAACAAGAUUAUUUAUUAUUUAUCCAUUAGUUGGUAGACGUUGCGAUAUCUUUACGGUUUCAAAGCCGAAAACGGUAUUGUUAAUAUUACGUGUACAUAUUUAUGUAGUCUUACGUAAAGUACGUAGUAGAGAAGUUGGUGUCUCGAAAAUUAUAUUUCAAAUUAUUUAAAUUCGAUUCGGAACCCACUUUCAAUGGGCUGUGCUGUAUUGUAUGGGGAAUAUAGACAAGUGGGUAAUAUGUGUUAUAGAAAUUAUUGUGUAAAGUGGGACCAUGUGUACUGACGAUUGCAUACGUUAAGGUGAAUAUUUACUUGUAAUUAUAAGCAACAGUCAGAAUAUUUAAAGUGUUGUACAUAUUCUUAGAGUUAAAUUAUUAACAUCUCGUCGUACGCAUGGCCCCUGUGUUAUAUAUGAAUGUGUCCUCGUUCACACGAAGAUGGUGUAUUGAGCAUUAUUGCAAUUUGUUCUACGGGUAUUAGUUUCCUACUAGAUGUAAUGUUUUAUUUUCGAUGUUUUGAUAUAAUUUAAUGUCAAAGUAGUUGUUCUGAACGUUGUAGCGCACAUGGUUUAUGAUGAUCAUUAUGUAAUUAUAUGGUUAGGCUGUACUGUUUGUUGAUUAUUAUUAUUUUAUCUUCUCGAGUCAAGUUUGUAGUAAACGUAGGGUCUUAGCGUAAGUAAUGGGUGUAGGUGAUCGAUAUAUUUUUUUCCAAAGAAAUAAUUGGUACAAAUAUAAAUGUGUACAAAUUUAAUGAUAACUUUCGAUUAGAAGUCGUAAUUUCAUGUUGCAAUGUUGUAAUAUUAUGGUAGUUAGCGUAAAGUUAGGCGUGUCUGCCAUUAUCUACCUCAGUUGACUACGGUUACUACGCCAGGGUAAAGAGCCAAAGUUCUUGGAAUAUUUUCUAUAGUCUGUCAAGGUACAGGUGACAGGAUGGUACAGCGGCCACCAUGUGGUGUCGCGUGAUCAUUACUUUGAGACUGAUUUUUAUUCGUUAUUUUGGUUACCGCUUGUACGGUACUUGUGAGCACUAGCCUUUGCACUGACGAGUAUAUUUAUGUAUCUUUAACUUUAACAUAAAUACUACAUCAUUGAUAAACAUCUUUCGAUCAACACAAAACUAAAGAUACAUAUUUAUAAACGCAGUGUAAAGGUUGCAAUUAAUUUGAGUUCCUAUUUAAUUAAAGAUUUGAAGUGUUGUUUUGGUUAAUAUUAUAUGUUUAUAAUUAGUUAGCGGCGUAUAUUUCGGUGCCAUGUCAGGAUGCAGACCAAAUCGUAAGAUAACACUAGUUAAGAUUGUCUGUUAAAUGUUACCGUAGGAAUCCAAAACCUAUCUACCUCAUGUAAAAUCGAAAUACAGGUAUUCUUAAAACAUUCGUAAUGAAUUACUUAGUUCGGAAUAACUGUACUUGUACAAAAUAAUAAUAUAAGAUAUAAAUGUGUCAUAAUUAUGGUACGACUAUUAUAUGUAUUUCUUUAUCAAUGUCCAGUACAUAAUUAUUAAAAUAAAGAGAUGUUUGUUAUUUAUA